AUGAAGCUCGACGCCGCCACCAUCGCCUGCCUCCUCCGCCCGGCAGUCGCCACGCUCGCUCUCCUGCUCCUGAUUGGUUGGGUGGAGGCGGCGGCGGCGCACCCGUUUCACCGGCUGCUCAGCCGGCCGCUGCAAGACCCGAAGACGCACGGCGCCGUCCAGUUAGUGUCGCAACACGCUCAGAACAAGCAGCCGGAGGAGGACACGAGCUCCAGACUGAUGCCCAGGGUCAACACUAACCAGAGCCACGUGGAGAUCUGCUGCCUCCACGCCAACAUCCUGGACUUCUACCUGCACAACAUCCUGCAUCACUAUGACAACGAGCAUCCCAGCAUGCACCAGCUGAACAACGACCUGCACCGUGUGAGCGAGGACCUGCAGGCUCAGGGCUGCAAUGUGACUCAUUAUCACGACCAUCAUCACGCCGUCGAGUUCCGCAAGAAGCUGGAGAAGAUGGAGGGCGAGCAAGGCAUCAACAAAGCUGUGGGAGAGAUCGACAUCCUGUUCACGUACCUGCACGAUUACUGCGAGGCACCCAGACGCUCCGCCUCCAGCUCCGCCUCUAGACCCGCCUCCAGCUCAGCCUCUAGCUCCUCCUCCAAAUCCGCCUCCAGCUCCGCCUCCCCUGCCGCCACCGUUAACCGACGUCUCCGGGCCUCCUAA